AUCCGACACGGAUCCCCUGGCUGGAGUGACGACCUCGGCGAGGAAGGGGACGAAGCAAGCAAGCAAGGGCGAUGGUGUCAGAGUUGAAGAGGCCAUGACCGCAGCGCAAUUUGCUGCCCUUCAUGUGGCGAUGGCAAAGCGCAGUAGGACGAACUGAGAGAGAGAGAGAGAGAGAGAGAGAGAGAGUAAGCGAGGAGGAGGAAGGGACUGACGACACCGGAAUCGCGUCGAGCUCCCGUGAUUUGGUGGUAUUUGCUUCGUCACUGGCUCGCACUCAAUCCGGCUGGUCGCGGCGUGUGUGUGGUGGUGUUGUGUGUGCGACAGGGGCUUGUUCGCUCCAACCGAGAUCCUCUGCUGAUGGUAGAAACAACACGGGCGUGGAGGUAAGCGGCUGAGCUGGGAGUUGGCUGGCUGGCACAAGGAGUGAGUGCCGAGGGAGGGUAUGGACUUUGAGGACGGGUUACAGCGUUGGUGGAGGUGGGAGGACGAGCUAGGACGGGCAAUUUCGAAGCGGGAGGUUUUUGGAGCUAGGGUUUGAUUAGUCGCGGUGGUUGGAGCAUUACGUCGUCCGCGUGUUUGUGCUUGCGUUUGGAGCUGGUGAGAUACGAGCGGGAUUAAGAGAGAGAGAGAGAGAGAGAGAGAGCGAGCGAGAGAGAGAGAGAGAGAGAGCGAGCGAGAGAGAGAGAGAGAGAAAGCGAGAGAUGGUGGAAGGAUCUAGAUCGGCGAGGGUAUGAGAAGGUGAUGAUGAUGAUGAGCAAAGGGGCGGGAUCAAUGCUACGUGAAUGGGACGGUAUGGUGGUGUGUACGUGCGGUUGCAGUGGAGGAAGUUGCAGCGUGAGGCGGCAGUGCAGGAAUGUGGAGUGGGGAGGGAGCCUUUGAUGCGGGGAGUAUUGUGGUGGAGAUCCUUUUUGAAAUGAAAGUUAGAGUUGGCACCGGAAUGUUUUCGCCGAACCGCUCUGAGAUCUUGUCUUAGAGCCUGGAGGGACAUUCUACUCAUGCGUCAAGGCUAGCAAGGUUAUUGACUUUCAUCGCUCAUCUCGAGGGAGUUCUAAGUCACUGCUUUGGAUGGAAAGUAAUCUUGAACUUGGCGCUGUCAGUUCGAUUCACUCGUGUGCACCAGCUGAUUAUCAGUAUCAGCUAUUGGUUGGCCACUGUGAUCUUCUCCUACCCACAUGGUGCCACAGGAAGCCCUCAAUAUUGAAUUCUAGAAGGUGUUUCUUCAGCAAUUAUGAAGUUGUCUGGUAGGCAAGGUUAGUGGCAGGUAUUAGAGGUUUUGCGAGGAAAGGAACGAAGAGUUUAGGUGCAGCUCGAAUCGUCGACCUGAGAGUUACUGACUCAAACAUUGAGAUUCCUGUACUAUUAACUCACAUGCUAAGCUGCUACGUUGGCGAGAAGCUGCCACUGGGGAUGCAUUAUAUGCGUGGCAAUAAUCAAUAGAAGGAGAUUCCUCCCAAAUUGCUCCGGAAAGGAUAAUAACAAUGAAGGACAAUUCAAACUUGAAGUAUCUUCCGACUAUGAAGCGUGAAGUGGGGAUUUUGAGUCUAAAAUCGAUAAAGUCAUAGAACAGUGAGAUACCUAAAUCUGAUUGAUUAAAUGUGCAAUGCGAAUAAGGUGACAUAUACUUCGGGACUUUUUGAUCAAAAUUAUCUGUAUACUUUGAAAGACGCCCUUGAGUUGACAUUCAGGAGUUUAUCAGGCUGGCCAUAUGGGACCAUUUGGCAGGGUAGCUGGAGGGCUCAUUGCAAGUAAGGAUUCAGCAAAUAAGAAGAAGAAGAACGAGGACGAUGCUGGGAGUAGCGUUAAGGGUGGAAGACGGAAUGCAAGCAGUUUGCCUAGCUGGGUCAAAGGUGAUGCCAUUGAAGAAAAGCCUGCUAAAGAAGGAAAAGAAAAAUCUGGCAAAGAAGCGAAGGAGAAAGAGAAAUGGAAAGACAGGGUGAAAGAAAGUAAGGAGAAAAGCAAGAAAGGUUUAACUUCUGGGAAGGGUGAAAUCGACGAAAAAUUGGAAAUGACAAUUUCUGCUCCAAUUCCGGACGAGGAUUUUCGUCUUGCUACGUCUCUUCUAGGUCUCCAACGCAUCAAGACGCGAUCAGGUCCUCUUCUUUUCCCUCCCAGCACUCGCUCUGGCCCUGUUUACGCAGGAACCUUCCAAAGCCGUUUUGAUACGGAGAAUGAGGCUCGACGGGAACAGGAGAAAGCAGUAAAUAUUUGGUCCAAAGGAGAGUCAUCGACUAGACUUUUGUCAGGAGUGCGCAAAGCCUCCAAGGUGCAUGCACGGGAUUCGGUUUCUCCCAAAGAUUCCUCUACUGUCGAGGGUGGCAGCAAGGUCAACAGAGGGACACUUUUGAUGCAUACUGAUGCUUCAGAGAUGGAAGUAAGUCCUCGAUCAGAUGCUAGUCCUGGGUGUUCGAAUGUGAAGAAACUACAAAGGAGUUCAAGAAUUUGCGACGCUGGUGGGCGUAUAAAUGGAUCAGGUCGUGGUGAUUGUAGUGUCCCUCAUAGAGCGAAUCCAUUUGUGAGCAAUUGGGGUGAUGGCCAGGCGAGCUCCUCGGUAGGUCAGUGCUCAUAUGAUGGAGGGGUAUCCGGCAGUUUGCAUGAAUCACAUGCGUUUCCUCAAGAUAAGAAUGUUUCCCACCAAGCUGUAGAGGAUGAUGAAGCUGAGAGUCCAACAGAAUCGCCUCGAUUUAAAGCACUUUUGAGGAUGACCAAAACCAAUGGCAAGCGACCUACUGAUAUCAAAAGCUUCUCUCAUGAGUUAGAUCCUCGUGGACUUCGCUCGCAUGAAUUCUUUCGGCCUCAAAAUUUCGGCGGGUUUAAUGAUUUGGAGGAGUUUGUGCGAACGUUGAAAGCAAGAUUUAACACUGCAAAGGAGGAGGUCAAUGCUGAGCUUGCGGUCUUUGCUGGUGAUGUUGUUGAGGCACUUGAGAAGAAUGCUGAUGCUACUUCAGUCUGGAAAGAAAGAGCAGAAGAUUUGCUGAUAUUAGCAAAAGAAUGUGCGAUGAUGGAUUCCCAGGAAUUCCGAAAAAACUGCGAAGGAAUCGUGCACGAUUUAGACGAAAAGAGACAAGAACUCUCUAUGGGAACUCUCAAGCAACUACAUACUAAGAUGCUCUUCAUUCUCACACGCUGCACGCGUUUAUUGCAGUAUCAGAAACGAAACUUCCUAGAAUUAGAUCUUCUCAGAUUACAGAAGGUCGAGAAAUUUUGGCACCCAGUGGACAAUCAGAAAGUAACCGCAAGUGAACCAGUGAAAAGUAAACCUUCUUCACAAGAUCAUUUCCGACCCAAUGACGUACCCACGGCCAGGUGGACUCAAGAUGAAAGCACUCCUAAGCCAGCUCUUGAAUCAAUCAAGGAAUCGGAGUUGAAGGGUGAGUUAUCAAGUCUGAGAUCUUCGGAUGUCAAGGUUGACACCACGGACAAGCCGGAUGCAGUUUUUGUUGAGAGACCUACAUCUUGGAAGAAUUUUGAGAAGGAGAAGACUGGAUCAGAAAAUCAAUCAAGCCCCGAAAAGCCAUCACCUCAAGUUGCUCCAUCGACGAAGGAAAGGACACAGCCAGCUGGAUCCUUGCAACCGACCCCAGUGAAGCGCCAUUGGGGAGAUGAUACGCCGAUUGUUAUUUGUAGAAUAUGUGAAGAAGAGGUUCCCACGGUACAUUUGGAAGAGCAUUCUCGAGUGUGUGCUUUUGCUGAUCGAUGUGAUCAUAAAGGAAUGGGGAUUGAUGAACGGUUGAAAAGGUUAGCUGGAACCCUUGAACGCAUUGUGGAAUCGUACACUCCAACGAGCUCUGCUGUGGUUGCCAGUGUUAGCCCAGAUACAAAGAAAACGCCAAUUUACGGUGUUGAUAAUGACAAUUGCUCGACAGAUAAGCUUGCGUCAGAAAAGCCUGGAAUGCAUGAACGUGGAGGUGGUGAAUUGCUUCGUAGGGUAUCCGAGGACAUGCUAGAGGACCUACAUGAGAUUGAUACUGCCAGUAUUUUAGAUGAGCCCAGAAUUUUUAAUUCUAUUGCUUGUAAGUCCCGGUUUGGACCCAAGGUUGAUACAGUUGCAGCUCUUCCUUCUUCGGUGGGGAGCCAACUUGCCCCUUCAUCGUCAGUGGGUAGCUUAACGCCGCGAUCUCCUCUCGCCACGCCCAAGAACAGCCAGAUCGACUCAUUGUUGGCUGACAGGAAUAGUUUCGCAGAAUUAGAAGACCUUCAACAGAUCAACGAGUUGGUUGAUAUUGCUUUAUGCAUUGCUGACACCAACGAGAGUCACCCUAAGGCUGCUGAAUUCAUCGUCUUAUGCAUGGAGGAUCUGAAGGACGUGCUGCAGCAGAAUACAGUUGAUGCCCUUACUGUUGACACUUUUGGUAGACGAAUUGACAAGCUUUGCAGAGAAAAAUAUCAGCUAAUUCUAGAGGCUUCAGGGAAAUAUGUUCCUGAAAGUUUAGUGAACUCAGCAGAAGGAAGCCUUUCGUUGGAUGAAGAGGGUUCGCACUCCUCGAAGAAUACGCCCGUGCACCCAACAUACAAGGAUCGAACAACUAUUCAUGACUUUGAGAUCAUCAAGCCUAUCAGUAGAGGAGCAUUUGGUAGAGUAUUUCUGGCAAGAAAACGGAUCACGGGUGAUCUUUUUGCGAUCAAGGUCCUUCGAAAAGCAGAUAUGAUCCGAAAAAACGCAGUAGAGAGUGUCAAGGCAGAGCGGAAUAUUCUGAUUUCCGUGCGAAAUCCGUUCGUGGUGCGGUUUUUUUACUCGUUCACAUGCACUGAAAAUUUGUAUCUGGUAAUGGAGUAUCUUAACGGGGGAGAUUUGUUCUCUUUGCUGCGGAAUUUGACUUGUUUAGGAGAAGAGGCGUCCCGUGUUUACAUUGCAGAACUCGUGCUGGCGCUAGAGUAUCUUCAUGGUCUGGGUAUUGUCCAUCGUGAUUUAAAACCAGAUAAUCUUCUCAUUGCUCAUGAUGGGCAUAUUAAGCUUACAGAUUUUGGUUUAUCAAAAGUUGGUCUUAUCAACAGUACCGAUGACCUUUCAGGUCCUGCAGUAGGUGGAGCCGCGUUAAUGGAAGAAAUUACCAAGCAUCAUAGAAUACCUAGUGGAGAGCUGCCGCAGCAGAGGGAGAGGCGUCAACAGCGAUCUGCAGUUGGCACACCUGACUAUCUAGCUCCAGAAAUUCUUCUUGGAAACUCUCAUGGACCUGCUGCUGAUUGGUGGUCCACUGGAGUGAUUUUGUUUGAAAUGCUUACUGGAGUGCCUCCCUUCAAUGCGGAGCAUCCAGAGAUCAUUUUUGACAAUAUCUUGAAUCGUAAUAUACCGUGGCCUUACGUUCCCGAGGAAAUGUCGUAUGAGGCUCAGGAUUUUAUUGAUAGGCUAUUGACAGAGGAUCCUGACUAUCGGCUUGGAGCUAAGGGUGCUGCUGAGGUUAAAGCUCACCCUUUCUUCAAAGGUUUGAACUGGGAUACGUUGGCAAUGCAGAAGGCUGCUUUCGUUCCAAGUGUGGACAAUGUUCAUGACACGAGUUACUUCACAUCUCGUCAGUGUUGGGAUUCGGCAGAAACACGCUUAUUCGCUGACUAUAAUUAUGAUAGUAGUGACGGCGAGACUAGUGUUAGUGGAGGAAGCACCAGUUCCUCCGAAAGACCGGAAGACUCAGAGGUCAGCGAUGUUCCAUGUCCUCUAAGACGAGAUGAAGGUCGUGAAUUGUCUGAAGCUACGCCCUCAUCGAGGUUUUCAUUCAGCAACUUCUCGUUUAAGAAUUUGUCGCAACUAGCAUCUAUCAACUACGAUCUCUUGCAAUCUGCUGUUAAAGAUGCAACUUUGCCCAGGGGUCCACACAACUAAGAUCACUACUUCUCACUUGGUAGACGUAGCUGACUGUUAUAUUAUUCCUCCAAUGAUGUAGAGUCAACGAGUGACAUCCAGUUUACGCAUGGUCCUGCAGACGUUGGUACUGUGCAUGUACUAUAUGUAUCAUCUUGUCUAAAUAUCCGUAUGAAAUUAACUGAGACCUUCCUUAUCAACGUAUUUUGAUUCUGGCUCGCAGUUUUGUUUCUUAGCGAAUCAGAACCUCUAAUUUUA